AUUAUUGCUCUCAAACUUCUCCUUCUUCAAGUCACCGAUGAAGAACAACUUCUUGACCUUCUUCUCUUACUCUCUCUUUUUCAUAAUCUUAAAUAUAUCUCCAUCUUUCUGCACAUACAAAGAUUGCUCCGCCGUGUUCAACUGCGGGGAGAUCGUUGACGUUGGCUUCCCUUUUUGGGGUGAAGAUCGUCCGUCGAGCUGCGGAGUUCCUGAAUUGAAGCUCACCUGCAAUAAUAACGUCGUCUGGAUUGAUAUAAUGCAAGUGAAGUAUAGAGUUUUGCAGGUGGAUCAGAGCACCAAAACGCUCCGGAUCGCACGAGACGAUUAUUUCGAAGGAAUCUGCCCCGAAGACCAUCUGAAGAACACGACCCUAGAUCCAAAUCUCUUUGAAAUAAGUAAUGGCUACGUGAAUCUAACACUGCUUUAUGGGUGCCAUUCAUCUCUUUUGGUGGUUCCUGCACACUUGAGAUUUGGGUGUCCCAUCCAUGGAGAUGGGUUCGUGAAGCUUGGGGAGAAAUGGGGCUGUGGGGCUGCAAGGCCAGCGUGGUUGUUCCUGUUCGUGGCGAUGAGGGGAUUUUGGUCGGAGUUUUGAAGAUAGAAGAAGCCAUUAGAGAAGGGUUUGAGGUAAAAUGGAAGGUGGACAAUGGUGGUUGUGGUGGUGACUGUACGGAUUCCGGUGGCUUUUGUGCUUUUGAUUUGAAGCUCCGCCGUGGGGUAUGUUUGUGCGAGAGUGGUUUCUCUUCUUCUCCAGUAGAAGUUUGCCGAAGGGAUGGUGGCGUCGCCACCCACCAUUCGUCUCCUUUUGCGACCAACUCAGGUGAGAAUCGAUCUAAUAAAACAAGCCUGAUAAUAGGUCUUUCCAUUGGAGGGGCAACUGUAUUAGGCCUAUGCUUAGGAUGCUUUGUCUUCUACACUACACAACGCAAUAAAAAACAUGUUAUGAAGUUGAAAAGCAAAGAUCUUCCUUCAUCUCCUUCAAGUGGAGGCAUUCCGACUCCCUCAACUUUUCACUCUAGUAGUAUUCCUUCCUAUCCUUAUUCGAGAUCUAAUAUUGAGAACGGGAGCUCUUACUUUGGAGCUCAAGUCUUUACUUACGCUGAACUUGAGGAAGCAACUCAUAAUUUUGACCGUUCAAGAGAGCUUGGAGAUGGAGGUUAUGGUACUGUCUACUUUGGAACACUCAAGGAUGGAAGGACAGUUGCAGUAAAGCGGCUAUACGAGAAUAAUUACAAACGUGUUGAACAGUUCACAAAUGAAGUUGAGAUUCUCUCAAAAUUGCAACAUCCUAACCUCGUGAAGCUUUAUGGAUGUACUUCGAGACAAAGCCGGGGACUCCUCCUUGUAUAUGAGUACAUUUCUAAUGGAACAGUGGCUGACCAUCUUCAUGGAAAACAAGCUAAUUCAGGUCUCCUCACUUGGUCUGUUAGGCUCAAGAUUGCCAUAGAAACAGCUAAUGCACUGGCAUACCUCCAUGGAAAAGAUAUCAUUCAUCGCGAUGUCAAAACCAAUAACAUUCUUCUAGACAACAACUUCAAAGUAAAAGUGGCUGAUUUCGGCCUCUCACGAUUAUUUCCCCUCGACGUUACUCAUGUUUCAACUGCUCCACAAGGGACACCAGGCUAUGUUGAUCCUGAGUACUAUCAAUGUUACCAACUUACCGACAAGAGCGAUGUUUACAGCUUUGGAGUUGUUUUGGUCGAGCUUAUAUCAUCACUGCCGGCAGUUGACGUCAACAGGAACAGAGACGAUAUCAAUUUGUCGAAUAUGGCUAUCAAUAGAAUUCACAAUCAAGCAUUGGCUGAUUUAGUUGAUCCAGAUCUUGGGUUUGAGAGGGAUUAUGCAGUAAGGUCAAUGAUAAAGUCGGUGGCCGAGUUGGCUUAUCGAUGUCUUCAAAAAACGAGGGAUGUGCGACCUUCAAUGGAUGAAGUAGUGGAAGCUCUGAGAGAUUUAGAGAAUGAAGAAGUGGCUGCUCGUAAAGCAGAAGUGCUAAUAGAUUUAGGUUCUGAUAAUGUGAGGCUUUUAAGGAAUACAUCAUCUCUGCUUUCACCAGAAUCUGGACCAGUGACAGAUAAAUGGGUUAGAAACUCUAUCAUACCUUCAUCUUGAAGUUUAUUCUUUUCUUUUCUGUUCCCUUUUUAAGCUGAAUUUUCUCUUUGAUAUGAUUAUAUGUUUUCCUGUGGUUACUUUUUUACCAUUGUUGAUUAUUAGUUGGUUAGAGACCUUAAAGCUAGAAAGACCAAGUCGUUACAUAAUCAAAAUCUACCUUGAUUUUGAUAUAAUGAUAAGCAUAGGGACUAAAUUGUUGAAUACUAAAAUUCUUGACUAAAUGGUUGCAAAUUUCAAAAUACGGACAAAAUGCGUAGAGAUGAAAAGUGUUUUCUAGCUUUAACCAUCAUAAAUAUUGAGCAAACCAUUUCUUAUUCUUGGCAAAGAAAUUUAGGUCCAAUGCACAUUGUCUCGAAUGAACUGAACUAACUGAUAUCAAAUCCAUGUAAUGAUAACUCUAGUUUCUUCUUAGUUUAUAUGUAUACCUAGAUUAAUCCACAGUGGCGACCUACCUUAAAUUUAAUUAUCUUAUGACUUAUCUUGAUACAAAAAUGUUGUAGGGUCAAAUUGGUUGUCCUAUGAGAUUAUUAGAGUUUCACAUAAAUUGGUCGGAAACUUGUGGAUAUAAAAAAAAAAAAAAAAAAAAACUGUACGCCUAUUUUUUUAUUAUCAAAUGACAAUAAUCAUUAAUGCAGUUCUUAAUCUCAUAUUUUCUUUGAUUAAACAGAUGAAGAUCUUGAACAGAACAACUUA